AUGGACCAAGAAGGCGAUGCGACUGCUCAACUUGCUUUAAAAGUCAUCCUGGACGAGAUCUCACCUCGACAAAAUGGCCAGCUGGAAGAUGAUAAUUGCUGUGUCAUCUGUCUGGAUCGGAUUUCUGAGCUGGCGAUAGCACACCCAUGCAAGCACGAAAGUUUUGAUUAUCUAUGUUUGAUCAGUUGGUUUGAACAGCGGCCAACUUGUCCUCUCUGCAAAGCAGAAAUCAAAACUGUGAGGUACGACUUGAAGUCAAAUGGCACUUUCAAAACGUAUUGUGUACCGUCAACGAAGAGAUCCGAGAAAGCAGCGACUUCCCAUAACCCAACGCAUGGCCGUUUCGCCCCUCGACCACGACGACCCUAUCGUUCAAGACAGCAGCAUAGUUCGAGGGUAGUUCCUUCAGCUGAUGAAGCCAUUCUACGACGCCGAUACAUCUACAGGAACCAGCUCUUUUCACUUCAUGUGGGAUCAAACAGACUUUCCCGAUUUCGAGAGCUUACGCCCGAGCUGUUCAGCACCGACGAGGAGCUUGUCUCUCGAGCACGCAGAUGGAUCCGGCGCGAGCUGCAAGUCUUCGAGUUUCUCACGCCAGAUAGUUCAAUGUCAUCGGAUCGAAGAGGAAACAAUGCCGAGUUCCUGCUUGAAUACAUUGUUGCGAUUUUGAAGACGGUCGACACACAAGGUAGCGGCGGGCAAGCUGAGGAGAUGUUGCAAGAGUUUCUUGGACGAGCGAACACUAGAUUGUUUCUCCAUGAGAUGCGAGCAUGGUUGAGAAGUCCCUACAUGUCUUUGGAAGAUUGGGAUAGAAACGUCCAGUAUAACAGUUUGACUUCGGCAAAAGAGUCACAAACCGCAACUUCAAAUCGAAGAGCACGAGAUACUAUAUGA